AUGGCGAUUCCGAAAUCCUCAAUUCCAACGGUUUCCUUCCUCAUCAUCUUCUCAACUCUACUCCUAUCCGUCGAAUCAAGAACAGACACAAAUACUUUAUUUUCUCCGUGUGGCGAUACGAAGGUGCAGAGGAAGGACGGGUUCACAUUUGGUAUCUCGUUUGCUUCAAGGUCGGCCUUCUUUUUAAACAACAACAAUUCCGUCCAGCUCUCUCCGUGCGACAAUCGCCUCUCGCUCUCCAACGGCAACUCACAGGCAGCUGUUUUCCGCCCCAAAGUUGACGAGAUCUCGCUUCUUACGAUCAACACAUCCAACUUCUUCCCGGAAUCUGUAGGAGGUUAUAUGGUUGCAUUUGCUGGUCGAAAAUAUGCUGCAAGGUCCAUUCCUGCUUUUGUUGCAAACAGUACAUUCACCGUAACUAGUUUUACUCUGGUUCUCGAAUUCAAAAAGGGCAGGCUGCAGAACUUGUACUGGAAAAGAGAUGGCUGCACUUCUUGCUCAGGCAAUUCUAACUUUGUUUGUCUCAACAAUCAAGACUGCGCAAUCAGAACUAAUAACUGUAAAAACCGAGGGGGUUCCGUAGAUUGUAGCCUCGGUAUUCAACUGACAUUUUCUGGUACAGAUAAGCACAAUUCAGUUUUGAACUCGUGGUAUGAAGUUCAGAAUCUUCGGCAGUAUUCCCUUUAUGAAUCUGGAUGGUUAUGUAUAUUUGAAUUCCUUCACGAAUUGACUAAUGAAAACGAUGUUUUGGAUUUUGAACGAGUGUUUCACGGCCAGCUGCAGAUGGUCGAAACUGAUAUUGUUCCUAAUAAAAUUUGGUUGCGUGUUCUAUGCUUGAGUUUCUUGAAGGGGGAAAGCAAGUUCAUGCUUAUGGUUAAGAGGGGUGGAGACAUGGACGCUUCCCCGAGUGAUGUGAUUAGCUGUUCGACGAUGAAUGGGUCAUUUUCGGUUACUUGUCUCCGGUCUGUGAAACGAAAGGUGGAUGAAUUUAAAGAAGAGAAACGGUUCACAGUCCCAGGACUCAUUAUACCACAAAAUGCUCGUGUGGAAUUAGGAAAUGAGUGUAUGGCAUUGCGGGAAACAGUCAGCAGCCAGCAGCAGACCAUUCAGGACCUCAUAGUUGAGUUGGAGGAGGAGAGGAAUGCAGCCUCUUCAGCUGCCAAUGAGGCCAUGUCGAUGAUUCUGAGGUUGCAGAGGGAGAAAGCAGAGAUUCAGAUAGAGGCUAAGCAGUUUAAGAGGUUUGUAGAGGAGAAAAUGGUUCAUGAUCAGCAGGAGUUGCUGGCGUUGGAAGAUUUACUCUAUAAGAGGGAGCAAUCCAUUCAAUCCCUUACAUGUGAGGUGCAAGCCUAUAAGCAUAGGAUGAUGAGUUAUGGCCUGACCGAGGCUGAGGCAGAUGGAGAGAACAAUAUGAGCCGGAACAACAGUAUGGCGGAGAACCUUAAUGGGCAAUUUGAAUUACCCCCUUACGAGCUUUACCCUGCUCUGAAGUGCAAUUUUCAUGAGUCCCAGGCUAAUCCUGAUGGUGAUGAUGAAGCUGCAGAUGUUGAGAAAUAUGCAUUUGGGGAAACACCAGGUUCUCAGGUUCAAUUGAAAGAUUUGGAAUACCGAAUCGAUCAAUUAGAAAAAAGUCCUAAGAACAUUCAGCCUGAAGCAGAACUUUUUGGUGCCAAAAAUAUGCUUGAAAAGGUGAUAGUAGGUCAGUCCCCAAGGCGGCCUAGGCAUUCUAGGAAGUUCUCAGACGAUAGUUCAAAUUCCUUUUUUGCAACAGGUGAAGAUUUGGAUCCAGAUUCCUUCACAGAUUCUCCAAAACUUUCGGGAAGUUUUAGGAACAGAUUUUCACAGAUGGAGAAUUCUAAUUUCAAGAAGAUGGAUAAUGCAUCAGAAGUUGGAGAGGACAUGAGUGACAGAGUUUAUACAAUUGAUUCUGUUCACCAGGAGGCUCCAUAUAAUGGUCUGAUGGAGCCCAAGGCUUCUGUUGGAAUGGGGGAUGACUAUACGGCGACGGCUCCAAGCAAGUCACUGAAUUUUUCGGAUGUUAAAGAUUUAGAUAUCCAGAAGCUGUAUGCUAGGCUUCAGGCUCUUGAAGCCGAUAGAGAAUCAAUGAGACAGGCAAUUAUUUCUAUUGGGACUGAUAAAGCACAAUUUGUGUUGUUGAAGGAGAUAGCUCAAAACUUGUGUAAAGAAAUGACUCCGGAGAGAAGGAUGACUGUGAAGAAGCCAGCAGUAGUUCGAAGUUUUUCCUUUAUGGCAAUAUUCAAGUGGAUCAUAACCUUGAUUUUCUGGAGAAGAAAAGUGCGGAGAUGCAGAUACAUGUUCGGGUUAUCGAGUCACAACGCAGGCUUGCUCAUGCUCAUAGACCGGGAACCUCGAGUGGGGCAGUGGAGAUGUCUUUCAAGUACACAAGUGUGA